AUGGACCGAUUUAUCUGGCUGCGUGGUUCACCCGGGACUAGGAAAACCGCGAUAUCUAUGAGUGUAGCUUCCGCGCUUGACAAGGAGCGCACCCUUGCAGCAUCUUUCUUCUGGGAUAAGAACCAAGAGGGAACAGGACUCGAUUUGAUUGACCGCUUCCCCUCCACCCUUGCCCGACAGCUUGCGGCAUUCAACGCCGAGUAUAAGAGCUCGCUUGUCAGGCGACUUCGGGCCCCUUCAUUCAGCAGAAUUGGUGGUUCUGCUGCGGAGAAAGUGAAAGCUUUGAUCAUCAACCCUAUGCGUGAACUCGAAGGCAUCAUUCGCCCACACGUAGCAGAGAAUUACCGCGAGAUAGUCGGGACGAUCACUGUGGCACACGAAUGCAGCAGCGUCUACGACAUAUCACAGCUCCUAGGAAUCCAUGUCGAUGAAGUGUACUCGACGCUCGAGCCCAUUAACCCAAUAAUGAAUGUACCUUCAGACGACACAAAGGUUGUCAAGUUCUAUCAUGCAACGGCGAAGGAAUUCAUCGCAGGAAUUCCCAACGACGAGGAAGCGGACAAAGUCUUCAUUAGCGACGCGAAAAGAUACUUCCUGGGGUUACGACUCCUUCGGUUCGUGAAUGGUUUCGUUGAAAGGAAGUUGCAGUCUCUCCAAAAUGAGGGUUGGCCCCAUCACAUCGAAUACGCAUUUCAGUAUUUGUUCCAACACUUGGACCCUUCGCUUCUCUUUUCGCAAGAGUCUAAUGAAUUGCAGAGAGAAUUUGAACGAUUCUGGACACAUAAUUUGGUUUCGUUCUUCUCAGCGGGACCUGAGGCAGAUGACUAA